CUCUUUCAUCGGUGCUUCUCCCUCUCUUCAUCCCCUCCCGCCCGCCAGCAGGUGCCGAGAUUCCAACCAAUCACUAGUGCGCGCUCAACCUCCUCCGAGACUGAGAGUUAUUAGCAACGCAGCUGAGAGACCGCUAGGCAGCCCCUCCAGCCCACCAGACGCCCAACUCUGCUGCAGGCUAGUGCCUCCCGCCGCCUCCUCGUGUUUUUCUCUACGGUCCCGGCCACAUAGUAUGAUCAUUCGGUGUUCAGUUUCCCAACAACUUUCUAUGGAAAAUCAAGGGAAGUGGGCCAUGGUUGCCGUGAGCAACUUUGAAGAGCGGGACACCUUUAGAGAAGCUUGAUCAAGGUGCCAUCAUCGUGAGACCCUCCAAAUCAGGACUCCGGCAGAGUUCCUCUAUCUUGUCUUGCUCAAUCAGUGGAGGCUAUCUUUCCAUUUCUCCUUUGCCUCCUGGGAAGUAGCAGAAAGCCAGCAUCAUCAUGGUUGGAUUUAAGCCUACAGACGUGCCCCCAACAGCCACCGUAAAGUUCCUUGGGGCUGGCACCGCUGCCUGUAUCGCUGACCUCAUCACCUUCCCCCUGGACACAGCCAAAGUCCGGCUGCAGAUUCAGGGAGAGAGCCAGAGAGCCAUCAGAGCUUCCUCUGCCGCUGCCCAGUAUCGGGGUGUCAUGGGCACCAUUCUGACUAUGGUGAAGACUGAGGGCCCUGGCAGCCUCUACAAUGGGCUGGUGGCUGGGUUGCAGCGCCAGAUGAGUUUUGCCUCUGUUCGAAUUGGCCUCUAUGACUCCGUCAAGCAGUUCUACACCAAGGGUUCAGAGCAUGCAGGCAUUGGGAGCCGCCUCCUGGCAGGCUGCACCACAGGGGCACUGGCAGUGGGCAUAGCCCAACCCACAGAUGUGGUUAAGGUGCGUUUCCAGGCCCAGGCUCGUGCAGGUAGCAGCCGAAGAUACCAGGGCACAAUGGAUGCUUAUAAGACUAUUGCCCGAGAGGAGGGGCUUCGAGGCCUAUGGAAAGGAACUUCACCCAAUGUUGCCCGCAAUGCUAUUGUCAACUGUGCUGAGCUGGUGACCUAUGAUAUCAUCAAAGAUGCCAUCCUGAAGGCCCACCUCAUGACUGAUGACCUUCCGUGCCACUUCACGUCAGCCUUUGGGGCUGGCUUCUGCACCACCAUCAUUGCUUCCCCUGUGGACGUGGUCAAGACGAGAUACAUGAACUCUGCCGCAGGCCAGUAUGCUAGUGCUGGCCACUGCGCUUUCACUAUGCUUUGGAAGGAGGGACCCCAAGCCUUCUACAAAGGGUUCGUGCCUUCCUUCCUCCGCUUGGGCUCCUGGAAUGUAGUGAUGUUUGUCACCUACGAGCAGUUGAAACGGGCCCUGAUGGCCGCUCGAAGUUCCCGGGAAGCUCCUUUCUGAGCCCUCUCCUAGCUUUCUGCCUGAUGCCUGUCCCCUUCGAGUUUGACCCUGUCCUGCCUCUCUUCCCUCCCAUUUCCCCCCUAUUCCUCUCGUCCCCUGCCUUAGCAUUGAAGGAUCCCCCUACACUCCUACUUAAGAGUUAGCCCCAUUUAAACCUUCUCCAGCCCACUUUCCUGCCAUUGCAUACUCACUCCAUUCUUAAGCUCUUUAUGUCUAAUAAAGUCAAACCAGAACCCAGAA